CUUUAAAUUAGAAUAUCAAUAUGGAUAAAAAAUACAACAACUUGAGCCUCUCUAUAAACUCCAGUACCAUUAAGAAAGCACCAAAGAACUUUAUGCUGAAAUAAAGAACUAAUAGCUGACAAGAUUUUGAUGGGUCCUUUCUCUCCAGGAAGUAUUAAAUCCUCAAGUAUACCCAGAGGAAAGCAGAAACUAAAUGAUGUUCUCCUCGGGAGUAGGCUAUCCCCAGUGAGCCACAGGAGAAACGAUGGGAGCCUAAACCUGCCUCGUUUCAGAGAGGGAAAAGAGAAGGUAACUAUUUAACACUCCAACUAAUGUAUUACAAUUUUCUAUUUGCUUUAAACUUUUGAAAAUCAACUAUACCCCUCCUUACAACAAAAGAUGAAUGUCAAGAACAACAAUUUUGUAAAUAAAAUGAACAUGAUCAUGCCGAUCGAGAAGAUCAGACAGAACACGUUCAGAAGGAGGUUUAAUAAAGAAGAAAGUAAGGAAAAGGCAGAGAAAUGGGAAAAAGAUUAUAAGAAAAAGCAACAGCUGAAGCAUAAUUUUCAUCAUAAUCAUGACUACUUUAAGG